CAACAUUGAAAGUCAGUCGUCUUUCAAUUUUUCUAUGAGAAGGGGAGACGUGUGUUAAUAGUUUGCGCUUUACAAAACAAAAAACGGGACGUUUUUUUGGAGUUUUUAUACAUUUCUUUUUUUAGUUCGUUCAUUUUUCUAACCAAAAAUCUAAUAAGACACUGCAUUUUAUCGCUCGCAUAAAUGUGUUAUUUAAGAAAGACAAAAAACAAAAACGAAAGAGUGAAAUACAAAAGCAGAAGAAAACAGCAGCCAGCCGAUACACUUGAAAAGUACCCCAAAAGGAAACUGAUGAAAAAAAUGAAUCGCUUUUAACUCCACGUGAAAGUGGGAGCCGCAGCGAUUCCAUUUAUCUACGCCUUGCGAUAUAGAAAAAGAAAACGGACGGUGUACAACAAACACAUCCAUCCAUACAUUUGUACGUAACGUAUGUUCAAUGUAUAUGUAGUGCAGUGAAGUGUUGUGUAGAGGCGCUCUAAUUGUACGUACGGGUCGGGGUCUACAAAACGUACGUUUCACUUUUUUUUCCUUGGCUGGCAAAAAAAAACAGAAUCAAGCAAAAUCUUCAAAGAUAAUUUCGUGAAAGACGAAACGUGAUAUUUGGCGAUUGCUUUUGUUAAUAACCGUAACUUAAAAGACUGAAUUAAUCAACAAAAAAACAAAUUGAAUUAACUUUAGAGAAAUAUUUAAUCCACGACGACAUUUUUUCUUUCUUUGACACUCACACACACAAACAAAAAUGCGAGAAAUGAUGAAUAAUUAGCACAGCUAAAUAGAAAAAAAACAAGAAAAAUAAUAUAAGCAAAGAAAAAAUAAAAUAAAAAAUCAUAACGCAAAAAAAGAGAGACACAAAUCUCACACACCAACGAACAUCGAAACGAAUCGUAUUUACAGCUGUGCGCGACGUACAAGAGGAGGCAAAACAGUUUCCAAAAUAUUCAUCACAACAAAACCCACACACAAAUAAAUGACCGACCGACAAAUUGACCAAGCAAUUGUGUGUGUAUGAAUGCGUGAAGUGAUCAACAAUAACAAAAAGCAAGUUAAAGAGAAAACAAAAACAAAAAAAAAAUUGUUAAAAAUUCCUAUAAAAUUAUUCACUUAAUUGUUCGAAAAUCGGUAGAAAAGAAAUGAAAAAUUGAAAAAAAGAAUACUAUAGAGAUCCAUCUACAUAUCUUAAUCAAAAUAUACGAUAACAAGAGUGCAUAUUUUUGGUGAAAAGAUCUGUAGGAAUCUUGAGUGUAUGUCAAUGUGUAUCGAAAGUGCAUUGAAAAGUGUCUAGAAAAAGAAAACAACAAUCAUAACAACUGGAGGAAUACAAACUUAUCUGAGCCAGCAAAUAUUUUACAGUGGGCGCACAUACUUCUGCCCACUGCAACAAGCAGCAGCAUUCAAACUACCUUUUAAAGCCCUUCGGUAACUCGUGCGGGCGUUGUUGUAGUUGAAAAGAGGUGUCUCUCAAACGACGACAAAUCUUAGCAGACAAUUACAGAGGAAAAUUUUAGAAACUAAAACAUUACUCAGCAUCCUUAUAUUUUUGUCGUAUUGUAUAUCGCUGUUCUUUUGAUAACAAUUAUCUGGUUUAUAUAAAUAUAACACUCACUUCUUCGUCUUCGCUUAAGCUUAGAGAAAAGUAGCGAAUGAAGCAUAAAUAACCUGAAUAUAAUACAGAACGCAGAAAAAACGUAAACUUAGCAGAAUAUCGAAAUCUCGACAAACAGCGAACAGUCAUACGAAACGCCGCAAGCGACAACAGCAAAAAUAGUAACUCUCCUUGCCGAGAUUCUUGGUUUCCAUCAAAAGCAGCGGCAUUAAAUUUCCAUCCACUGCCGAUUGAGAAUUGCUUGCAGCAUAAGAACCUCGUGGAAUGUGAUUACAUAUCGGACGCAUAAAAUAUUUGAAAAAAAGUCUGAAAGCAAUUAGAUUAACGUCUCGAAGUCUGCAAGCAGGGCAAACAGUUCUUUGGGAAACCGCAAGACGACCGCAACUUCUUUAACCACCACAAUGAGCACCUCACAGGCUUUAACUGCAACAGCAUCAUCAUCAUCAUCGUCGGCUGGCACGACGGCACCACCUCCAAGCUCUGCUUCAACCGCGUCGUCAUCAGCGCCUUCAAUGACCGACAGCGGUAGCAGCAGCAGCAACAAUGAGCGCAAACAACGUCUCCAUAUUACACACGUCGACUCCUUUGGACCGUAUUUGAAGAUCAACGGUCAACUUAACCCCGAUGCAAUGGCUGUAGUGCGUACUCAGGUGCAAAAGAUAUUACCAACAUGCUAUACAAUUGAACCGUCAUGGCCGGUGGCACGUCAACAGGCCCUACUGCUACCGGGUGCCAUGUGUCUGUACAAACGUGUCAAUGGCGCCGCGCCGGCAGAUUUUGAAUUUGUACGUUCACGCAUUACAAAAGUCAUCAACACAGCCACCCCGACAGCACAAACACCGCCCAAAGUGGAAAUAGAUAUUAUCGAUUAUGGCUGCACUGCAACAGUGGUCAGUUUUGAGCUGCUAUUUCCACAACAACCUGAACAACUGUUGAAUAUCCCAGCUAUGUGCUCGCAGUACAUUGUUUUGGGUAUUUGCGAAGAUUGGAAGAAAUCACAAUUGGAUGAGUUGACACGCAUGAUUUCACAUCAUGCGGUCGAAGUUUCCAUUAUAAAAGAAUUUAAUCAAUUUAAAUUCAUUACUAUGAAAUGGAAAGAGUUCAAUAUCGCCGAAUUUCUCAUACAUCAGAAGAAAAUGGGUGCACCCAUUAGUAACGACUUGUUGUUUGAGAACUUUACGAAAAUUCUUAAGCAACAGCAACAACAACAACAGCAGCAGCAGCAACAAGCUGCUGUACUUAACAAUAAUAAUACGCCAACUGUAAAUAUGAAUAGCAAUCACAAUAACAUUAACAACAAUAACAACAAUUAUUAUAACAAAAAUCACAAUCAUCAAACGCCGACACAACAACUACAGCAAACGCCUCUCAUCAAUUCCAACAAUAACAAUGUGGUUGCCAUUGCUGCAGCAGCGGCUGCUGCCGCCAACAAUUUAAGCGGAGGGCUAACAGGUGUAAGCCAUCAACAACAGAUGCGCGAACAAAUGGCUGCCAGAUCUAAUCUAUCGGCCCGUCUACAACAAUUGCAACAUCCCCAUCUGCAACAACCACAGCAUAUGCAUAUGGCUGCUGCAGCCCAGCAUGGUAGUAUGCGAAAUAUUAUAAUGACUGGUCCUGUACAGCCACGUAUGCCACAGUCCAUUGGUAACUUAAGGUCUAUGAUGCAAGGCAUUCACUUGCAAAACAAUCGAAUUCCUUUUACCGGCCUCUAUACGCAGCAACAACAACAAUCACAUCACUCAUUAGUCACUGCCACACCAGCAAGCUACAAUGGUUUGCCUGGAGUCAUGCCAAACUCUGUGCCACAAUUUAAUGUUUAUAAUGCACGCUACCAAAGACCUCCACCACCACACCUUGCACACCAACAAUCCCUUAGUGCCAUGAGUGGUAUAGCCCCCACAACAACGGCGGUGACAACUCCACUUUCUCCUCCAAGGCGAACAGCGCCGGCCACCUUCAAGUCCAAUCACCUGGUGGUGGGUCAGGUGUAUGAUGUUAGUGUUAGCUUUGUCGAAAAUGGUCCCUUUUUAUUUUCCGUCCAAUUAGUCUCACAUCAGGAUGAUCUAACCGACAUGAUGAACCGCAUUGAAAAGGUGGAACUGAAGCAAUUCGUAGAUAAGCCCAUGUUGGGUACGGCUUGUAUAGCACGCUAUUCCGAAGAUGGGCAAUUGUAUCGAGCCUUGAUAACGGGCGUGGAGCCAACUGCCUGUAAGGUGGCCUACAUUGAUUAUGGCAAUGCUGAAAUGGUGCAUUAUGGAGAUUUAUACGAAAUACCCGAUGAUUUUUUGAAAUUCAAAGCCUUCGCCAUACGCUUUACCUUGUCCGGUCACAAGGAACUGGAGCCCAUUGAUGAUAGCUUGAAAAAGGCCUUUAAAGAUCUGGUUAUCUAUAAGAAUUGUAAACUGAAAGUAAUGCCUCUGGAAGGUCCGCCCCUGGUGCAGUAUUGCGAACUCUAUAUGCAGGACAAGAAUAUCUUACAUGUCUUGAGGCAAAUACAGAAAACCCGUUUGGUCUAUGCCAAGGCUGAUGCCUUAAGGUCCAAUGAUGUGGUGGAGAUACGUUAUAUUGAUUCGCCCAAGAACUUCUACGUCCAGAAAGUGGAUAACAUUCCAGUGUUUGAGAAACUAAUGGACGAUAUGUUUUUGUAUUACAAUAAAAAUCAAAAUGUCCCCAACCAUUUGGCCCUGGGUGCUCCUUGCAUAGUGAAAUAUGAGAAUGAAUGGUAUAGGGCUGAGGUAAUGAGAGCCGAUUCCACAGCCAUUAUCGUAAGGCAUGUUGACUUUGGCUAUGAACAAAAGGUAACGAAGAAUCUUUUGAGCACCAUAGCCGAGAAACAUCUCAAGCUGCCUCGUCAGGCUGUGCAAUGUUGUCUGAAGGGCUUUGAAAACAACGAACUAAGCAAGGAUUUGGCUACCACACAAUUUGAGAUGUUGGCCGAAGAAUCCAAUCGAGAACGCAGAUCAUUUACCGUCAAAGUAUUUCGCAUUCAACCGGAUGGUGUGAAUCUUGUUAAUCUUUGCACCAAGGAUUUGAAUGUAAUGAAGAAACUAUACAAGCUGUCCAUGCCCUUCGAGCAGUAUCUUACUUUGGAAAAGGAAGAUUUUAAUGUGAACAGCAGUCAUCAUCCCAAGGCUCAGGUAGAAAAUGGUCACCAAAAGACUCCCUCCAUUGCGUCGUCCACAGAUGUUACAUCAUCGGUACAUUCCAGCAAGGGUAAGGGUGGAGGUCAUAUAUUGAAUUCCACCACGGUGCAUAGUGAAGAGUUGCGUAUGCAAAAUAAACAAAAACAACAACAACAGCAGCAGCAACAUCAACGUAAUAAUCAAAGCUUUCAAGGUUCCAUCUCCACCACGGAGUGGGAUAAGAACAGCUCUCAUAGCUCGAUGGCUGAUACCAGAGAUUCGCGUUCCACCUCCAGCGAUUUAAACAAGCAUAAUCAACAACAACAGCACGCAAAUCAGAAUCAGCAACAACAACGCAAACACAACUAUUACAAAAACUAUCCCAAUCACAAACAGCAGCAGCAACAGCAACAACAACAGCAAUAUCAGCAGCAACAGCAUCAUCACAAUUUGCCUAGCUCCAACAAUUCUAUAUCGAGUGACAAACGAAGCACGGCUAGCAAUUACAGUAACAAUAAAUCGAUGUCCUCCAAUAAUACUCCGCCACGAUUCCAAAAACAAAAGAAUCAACAGCAACAACAACAACAGCAGAAGCAACAACGUCCCCAAAAUGCCCCACAAGGUUUCUCACAAAAACCGCCGGCAAAUGCCAACAGCAAUCAGCAGAAGGAGCAGCAACAACCUCAGCAAAACCAGCAGCAGCAGCAGCAGCAGCAACAACAUCAAAAUCAAAAAUCUCAACAUAACAACAAGUCCCUCAAUGGCAGUGAAUCUUCCAAAAAAUCCACAGAUACUUCCAGUGAAACAUCAAAGAAAUCUCAAGAGAUCACAGCAGCAAAGGAUAAGGCACCACCCGCACACAAUUUUGUGCCUCUAAAUAAAGCAUUCCCCAUUAAGCCCUUGGAGACACCAUGCCGUGAAGAGGUCAUAAUAUCCUGGUGGAUAUCGCCUCAUCAAUUCUAUACCCAAUUGAAAUCUCGUUCUGUCGACUUUGAACGAUUUAUGAAAGAAAUUCAACAGUUCUAUAGCAAAUUGCCGCUGCAGCAAAUGCAAUUGCGUGUUGGCUCGUUUGUAAUGGCCCGUCAGCGUAAGGACAACAUUAUCUAUCGGGCCCGUGUUGUGGCCUGCAAUCAAAUGUUGCGCAAAUACAAGGUGAAUUUCGUUGACUUUGGCAAUGUGUAUACGGUCACUUCGGAAGACAUAUGGCCGGUGGAAAAGAAAUUCUCCGAUUAUCCCAUAAUGGCAUAUUUGUGUGGUUUCGAUGGCAUUGUUUCCAACUACGAUCACUUGUAUAUCAUUGAUCGCAUGGAUAAAUAUUUACCUCAGGGUGUCACAUUGCAAUGUGAAUAUAUCGAGAAGAGCAUACAAAGCGACUUGUAUUUUGUUAAUGUUAAUGUCAAUAAAAUUUCCUUGAAGGAAACUUUAAAGAAGGAGGGUCUAAUUACCGAAAUUUGUCCAGAACUCCGUUUAGAUUUAUUGGCUGGCCAACAAAUACGUGCCAAAAUAUCUUCUAUUAAAGAUAUGCUUAACUUUAAAAUUGAAAUACCUUUUUAUGGCUGUGAUAAUAUGAAACACAUUGAGGUUUUGUGUUCCUAUGAUGAUGUACGUUUUGUUAAGUCCAAUCAGGAUGUGGCCAAAAAAUUUAAACAAUUCUAUGCUGGCAAAUCGUGUGUUUUAAAUGUCAAGGAUGUCAAUGAUAAUAAAGUAAUUCAUCUGAGACCCUUGUUGCCUCUGCUCAAAGAAGAUAUACCAUGGUAUAUUUGCACUACACCCAUAUUACUGGAGUCCUUUAAGAUACGUGUGGUGUUUGUGCCUACUGCCUAUCGAGUGUAUGGUCAAAUAGUGGCCAUCGAAAUGGAAAUGGCUCAACUUUUGGAUGAUAUGUAUAACCACUAUGAAAAUGAGGGUGUAGUUUUACAAUCGUUCGAAACUGAAAAAGUAUGUGCUGCCAAAGGCAGUGAUGGCAAUUGGUAUAGAGGACGCAUUAUAAGCAAUAAAACACCCGAAGGACCUGUGGAGGUCUACUACAUGGAUUACGGUAACACAGAGACUGUGGAAAAGAGCAAUUUGAAGCAACUCGAUGAGAAGUUCUAUGCCAAUAAGAAUGCCUAUGGCCUUGAAAUUAAUUUACCCCUAAAGACGCUCUCGGCAGAAGCCCAGCAAAAGCAAAAGGGUAAAAAAUCCGCUAAUAAUACAGCAGCUGCUGCCUCUGCCAACGAGACGGAUAUAGCUGUUAUAAAUAAAUUAACCAGCCUAACUUUGGACCAAGAGAUUACCGUUAAGUGUGUGGAAGUUAAGAACAAUCAUUUAAUUGCCGAACUUGUUAUGUCAGAUGGUCGAAAUAUGAUUGAUAUGCUGAAGGAGCAGAAAUUAAUUAAAUCGCGUGAUUUAGAGUACAUGCGCAAAUUGCUGGAAAGGGAAAAGCCUAAUCAAUUGGAAUAUAUUGAAUGUGUUGACCUUACCAUUGAGGAUGAGGAAGAAGAAUCAGCUAAUAAUGCAAAUACCGCAGGUGGUGACAAAAGCAAGAAGGCAAAGACAGGUGGUGGUUCACCAAAGCGAAAGAAGGCUAAUGGAGCUAAAGAUGGCGAUAGUGAUAAAGAGAAGAUAACAGAGAAAAAGGUUGAGAAGAGUGUACCAGAAGUGCAAAAACAACCAGAAGCUAAGCCGAUAGCUAAAGUUGAAGAAAUUCCAAAGCCUGCUGAACCAGUAAAACCGAACGAAGCGGCAGCACCAUCCAAACCAGCUGUUAAAGAACCCGUAGUGGUUGCUCCAGAACCUGUGAAAGAAAUCGUCCCUGAACCCAUUGUAGAUCCCUUUGCCGAUUGGGAACAUGCUGUCUUGGCCCAUUGUGAUAAUCCUGCUCAAUUUUUCAUUCAUCCCAUGGAUAAGGUUAAGGAAUUGCAAAAGCUACAAGAGAAUCUUCAAAUUGUUGCCAGUUCUUUGCCACCAUUGAUGAGAGUCAUCAAUGGUGCCCUUUGCAUUUCCAUGUAUUCCGUUGACAAGCAAUGGUAUAGAGCCAAAAUAUUGGACGCUGAGCUGAUGGUGUUACAGUUUAUAGAUUUCGGCAAUACCGAUUGUGUGACCGAUACCACAGAUCUAAAGGAAAUGCUUUGUUUCCCAGACGUUGAACCCUUCUGUAUUCCCUGUGCCUUGCCAAUAAGGCCAAGCUCCACUUUGGACUGGCAAGAUGCAGCGAAUAGUAUUUUCAAUGAUUCCUACACCAAGGUCUUGGACUAUGAAUUCAUUACGCAUGGUGAGAAGUCUAGGAAGAGUUAUGUGAACCUCUUCAUAGAGGGAGUGAAUGUCAUGGAGUCCCUAAUCCAAGGUGGCUUUGCCAAGCCUCUUGAAUCGGUGGAAUCUGGUUUGAACUGUUAUAUCUCUCAUGUGAAUGGCAUUUCCGAUUUCUAUAUACAAUACGAGAAGGAUUCUAAAGGAUUGGAGUUGAUCGAAAUCUAUUUGGCUGAUAAUGAAAAAUUGAAAAAACUGGAGAAAUUUGAAAAAUACAAAAUCGUGGCUGCCCUCUUCCCAGACGAUGAAAUGUGGUACCGGGCAAAAUUGUUGAGGCAAGUAAGCAAUGGCUAUGAGGUGCUCUUCAUAGAUUAUGGCAACACCAGCAUUAGCCCUGAGUGUCGCGAAAUUUCCAAAGAUAUAGCCGAGCUGCCACCCUUAUCGAAGAAGUGUGCCUUGGAGGUGCCAGAGAACUGCAAGUGUUGGUCCGAUGCUGCAGAGCAGAAAUUCAUGGAAAUUGCAGCCACUGGAGAGACAAUUUUCAGUGUUGAACUGCGUGAGCCUGCGAAGGAUCAUGCACUGGUGCAUCUACUCAUCGAUGGUCACAACAUAAACGAUGACCUGGAGGAAUUGUGUGAAAAGAAGCCUUUGCCCGAAGUGGCUCCUGAAGUAAUGAUGAUGAGCAGCAGUUUCAAUAGUUCUAGUCUGCAGACUUCCAUGUGCGAGACCGAAUGCCAUCAUGCGUACAUAUCACAUGUCAAUUCUCCAUGUGAUUUCUAUGUGCAAUUUGCCAGUGACUCCAUACGUCUGGAGGAUAUGACUCAAGCCCUGAACUCCACGCACAUGGAAGUUUUAGAGAAUCCUAAAAAACAACAAAUUUGUGCUGCCAUCUAUGCGGAGGACAAAUCCUUGUACAGAGCACGCAUCUUGGAGUGCCUGCCCGAAAAACAAUACAGAGUGCUUUUCAUAGACUUUGGCAAUGAGGCGGUGACCACAGAGUUGAAAGCACUUCCCCAAGAUUUGCUGAAUAUCCAACAAUUGUCUAAACACUGUCAAUUGGAAAAUUAUUCGAAAUUCCUACAAUUUGGCUCCAUUGCCACAGAGAUAUUCAAUAAUUUAAUAAACCAGUGGGAGGGCCAGGCCCGUGUCGGCAUAAUUAGCGAGCCUGAAAAGCUCAACACUCCAGCCAUUGUAAAAGUUUUGGCCUUGAAUGCCUCCGACAAUCUCUGCGACUUGCUUAACAAGCAAUUGGGUCUAGAUCACAAUACACAGACGGUGACUCAGGAAUCGUCAUCAUCCGCGGCAAUGUCAGAAGAAGAGUUACUUAAGGCGGCAAAGACUUGCCUCAUAUCCCAUGCAAUUUCACCUUCACACUUUUAUAUACAGCUGAAAUCGAAUUUGUCAAAAAUGGAACAAUUGUCAAAGUCUUUGGCCGGUGCUAAGAUUAAGGCGGAGUGCGACAUAUUGAAACAGACAGAGCUACAAAGCGUAUGCAUUGCCUUUGCCUCUGACGAUGAUCGCUACUACAGAGGGCGCAUUGAGAAAAUAUUAGCUGGGGACCAGGGAUAUGAGGUAUUUUUGUUGGACUAUGGCAACACCAUUACCACCACUGAGAUACGCGAAAUGUCUGCUGAUUUGCGUGCUAUACCUUCAAUGGCGCUGCGUUGCCAACUAAACGCCAUACCCACGAAUGUCAGCGAGUCUGUGUUGGAGGAGCGCUUUUCAACAUUGUUGGAAAGCCAUUUUGGUGACUACUAUGACAUCGAAGAGCAUCAGGAGGAUAGUAACAGCGGUCUGCAUACUGUCAAACUGCAGGUCAACUACAAAGAUUUGGCCGAAGAACUGCAAAAGGCGGUGGAGAGCGAUGUCAGCAUCGAUGAGGCAUUCUCACCGCUGCCAGAGCUACACGACUGCUGCAUAAUUCAUGUAAAUUCACCCCAAUCCUUUUUUGUUCAGCUGACAAAGGAUGUAACGGCCUUGGAGAAGGUCACAGAUGUUUUGCUAGAUGCCGAAACCGCAUUUGAACCCUUCACUGAGUUAACUGUGGGCGCUUUGUGCGCGGCCGAGUUUCCCGAGGAUGGAGCCUACUAUAGGGCCGAAAUAGUCGCUCUCUUGGAGGACAACAAAUGCGAAGUGCACUACAUAGAUUUUGGCAAUAACUCAAUAACCGACAAAUUUCGUAAAUUGCCCGAAGAUUUGCUAAAACUCGAGCGCUAUGGCAAACAUUGUUCGCUGGACUCAAGCUGCCCGCAAUCGGCUGAGGUGCAACUACAAUUCACACAAUUUGUCGAUAUGCGUUUCUCCGAAACAUUCCAAUUAGAAUUUUUGAAAACCACUCAAACUUUAAACAUAGUUAGACUGUUUUAUCAGGAUAAGAAUAUCAUAAAUGAGAUACAGAACAUAAUCAAAGGUGGUGUUAGUGGUGGUGGUGGAGGAGGUAGUUGUGAUGUUAUCACCAAUAGUGGCAGCAGCGGUUUGGGUACCCUUGCAACAACAAAUGGCUUCGAGGCCGAUUCACAGCAGACACAAUCCAUGGAAGCUGCUCAAACCAAUGGUGAGCAGCAUUAACUUAUGAGGAGAACAGCAUUAACACUAAGCAAGAAUCUUUGUGAACACAAACAUACCGAAGCUGAGUUUUAAAUGCUUCCUUUAUUUAAAGAUGAAUUGAAAUAAAAUGCCGUUUUGCAGCAAGGAAUUUGCGUUUUGAAAAUUCCGGUGAGUUAUUUUACGUUGUGAUGUGUAUGAUGAGUACUCCCCAGUACUUCAUGAUGAUAAUAAAUGCCAAGAUCAAACAUCAAAUGUUUGAUGGUAAA